AUGGAGAUAGAUGCUCCUGCUCCACGAGCAGCCCCUUUGGGUAGCCGACCCCAUCGAGUAUGUUCUUCAGAAGCUGAUGGGUCCAUUACAGUGUGCCCAAGUUGCAGCAAAGACUCUUAUGUGAAUCCACAUCUUGAGCUUCUCAUCAAUCCAGAAUGUUAUCAUAAACUGUGUACAUCUUGUAUUGACAGCCUCUUCACCCUCGGUCCAGCACCAUGUCCCCUCUGCGGCAAAAUCCUCCGCAAGAACAAGUUUCGGAAGCAGACGUUCGAAGACAUCACUGUUGAGCGGGAACUCGACAUUCGAAAACGAGUAGCAAAGAUUUACAACCGACGGCCUGAGGAAUUCGACUCGUUACGUGCCUACAACGAUUAUCUGGAGGAAUACGAGAUCGACGUCUUCAAUCUGGUGAAUGGGAUCGACAUACAGGAAACCGAGGCCAAGUUGGAGAAAUAUGCCGGGUCAAAUAGGAAGGAAAUUGCGGCGAAUGCGGCGAGGGCGGUUAGUGAGGCUCAGGCAUUGCAGCAACAAGAAGCUGCACGGAAGGUAGCGGCGAAGGAGGCGAGACAACAAGCGCUCCUGGACGAGGAAGAAGAAAGGCGGGAAAAGGCUGAGGAUGAGGCGGGAUUGUUGAAGGCAUUGGCAGCGGCUGGUAAUGAGAAGGAUUCAGCACGGAUUGUGAAAGCGCAUGAACAGCGUGUCGCGCAUCGUGCUCAACUCAGGGCACAGAGACGAAGAGAGCGUGAUGAGGCAUUGGCGGCACAGUUCACUGAUAUGCCUGCUUUCGGUGCUCCAAGACCCAAAAUCGAGGAAGAGGAUGAUACGCCGUUUGAUCCUCUUGGUGGUGAGGGGAUGUCGAGUGCGAUGUAUGUCGUGCAGAGCAAUUAUGAUGACAUCAAGUCUAUGGAGAUCGUGCGAAAUCCUGAGGCAGUUGCGAGUGGGUUUAAUGUCACGGAGGUGUUUCGGAAAGCGCUGUUCAGUGCUUUUGCUGGGUUGGGGUGUGAUGUUGGUGCUGAAACCGAGGCGAGGGAGGCCCUGGAUGGUGAUGUGAAGAUGCAAAAUGCGGUUGUGGCAUGA